UCAGAGCCCGCGGCAGCCACUGGGAGGGAGGCGGGGCGGUGGGGGGGGAGGCAUGAAUGGGCAGUCACGUGGUGCGCUGGGGGGUGUCGUGGGGUGCAGGGGUGGAUGUGUGGUGGGCGUAUGGGGGUGCAGCGAUCUAGGGGAGAGAGGCGAUGCCAACCUCCCCCCCGCCCCGAUGUGCCGCGGCCGCGAGCGGAGACGUCCCCGCGGCUUUGUGAAUGGAGGGGGUGUCCAGGUGCCUUGGAACCAGGGGUUGGGUUUGGAAACGCCAGGGUUUGGGGCACAAACGGAGACGAAUCCAGAGCUGGUGCUCCCCCCGCCCCCCCCCAGUCCCGCUGCUCCGGGGGCUGCUGCCGGCCCCGACCUCCCCAGCAGUGAAUCAGCCUCCGGCGGCUCUCGCUGCGGAGCGCUCCGUGAUGAGGAGGAGGAGGAGGAGGAGAAGAUGCGGCGGAGAUGAAUCAUCCGCGCACCUCCGGGAGACAGCGGGUCCGAGGGGGCGGCCGUGGGGUGGGACCCGGCGGGGGGUGCCCAGGGUCCUGAACCCCUCACCUCUCCCAGAGCCUCCCACCCCUCCCGGUUCCAUGCUGGGGACCUACUGGGGGCUGAGCGCAGUGCAGGAGCUCGCAGUGCAGUAGCGGGUCCGACACCUCCCCCCCCCAGAAUCCCCCCGUCCCCAUCUCGCAGCCCCUCGCCCCCAUCAAAGCCCCUUUGUGCCACCCCCCCGCCAUCACCCGGCCCCAAAAUAGCAGCAAGCUCACCUGCGGGGGGGGGCGGGGGGGGACAGCCAGUGCCUGCCCUCGUCCCCCGCUGCUCCAUAUUAAUCAGCCCCUUCCUCCUCCUCCUCCUCCUCCUCCUCCUUCUUCCUCCUCCUCCUCCUCCUCCUCCUCCUGCCGGUCCCUCUGCAGUCCGACGUGCACAGCCCCGCUCCCGGCCAUGGCCCGCCGCGGCCCCGCGCUCUGCCUGCUGCUCCUGCACGCUGCCUGCCUCUGCCUGGCCCAGCUCCGGGGGCCACCAGGAGAGCCCGGCCCACGAGGCCCCCCCGGUCCGCCAGGAGUGCCGGGAGCGGAUGGCAUUGAUGGUGACAAAGGCUCUCCUGGAGCCCCUGGCUCCCCGGGUGCCAAGGGGGAGCCCGGAGCCCCAGGUCCGGAUGGGCCCCCAGGGAAGCCGGGCUUAGACGGCCUUACAGGAGCCAAAGGGGAGCCGGGGCCCAUGGGGGGGGCAGGACCAAAGGGUCAACCUGGACUGCCGGGGCCGCCGGGGCUCCCAGGCCCCUCGCUGCCAGGACCGCCUGGGCUGCCAGGCCAGGUUGGACUGCCUGGGGAGAUCGGAGUGCCGGGACCCAAGGGUGAUCCUGGACCCGAUGGCCCACGGGGCCCUCCAGGCCCCCCAGGGAAACCCGGCCCCCCAGGACACAUCCAAGGAGUGGAGGGAAGCGCAGAUUUCUUGUGCCCAACCAACUGCCCGCCAGGUCCCAAGGGCCCCCAAGGACUGCAGGGACUGAAGGGACACAGAGGUCGGCCCGGUGCCCUGGGGGAGCCUGGCCAGCAGGGCAAGCAGGGCCCCAAGGGUGACGUCGGUGCCUCCGGAGAGCAAGGUGUCCCAGGCCCUCCAGGACCGCAGGGGCAGCGGGGGUACCCGGGGAUGGCGGGACCCAAGGGCGAGACGGGUCCUGCUGGCUACAAGGGGAUGGUGGGGACCAUCGGCGAGGCCGGGCGGCCGGGCAGGGAAGGCCCUAAGGGACCUCCAGGGGAUCCAGGCGAGAAGGGAGAGCUGGGCGGCCGCGGCAUCAGGGGCCCCCAGGGAGACAUUGGCCCCAAAGGGGAGAAUGGUCUGCCCGGCAUUGAUGGCAAGGAUGGCACACCAGGCAUCCCAGGCGUGAAGGGCUCUGCAGGACAACCCGGCCGCCCAGGACCCCCAGGACACCGGGGACAAGCUGGCUUGCCGGGACCCCCAGGAAGCAAAGGUGGCCCAGGAGACAAGGGUGAGGUGGGAGCUCGGGGGCAGCAAGGCAUCACCGGAGCCCCGGGGCUGAUGGGUGAGCCCGGCCCCCGGGGUGAGCAGGGACCGCCGGGCAUCCCCGGGCUGAAGGGUGACCGGGGGGAACGUGGCCCCGUGGGAGCCCCUGGUGAGCAGGGCAGAGCGGGGCCCAAAGGCGAACAGGGCCCCCCAGGGAUCCCAGGACCCCAAGGCUUGCCAGGAGUCAAAGGAGACAAGGGCUCCCCAGGAAAGACCGGCCCCAAAGGCGGCAUUGGAGACCCCGGUGUCCAUGGCCUCGCAGGGGUGAAGGGUGAGAAGGGUGAAUCGGGAGAGCCAGGACCAAAGGGACAGCAAGGCAUCCAGGGCGAGCUCGGCUUCCCCGGGCCCUCGGGGGAUGUGGGCUUACCUGGCGUGAGGGGAUACCCAGGUCCCCCCGGCCCACGGGGGCUGCUGGGGGAGCGCGGCGUGCCGGGGAUGCCGGGGCAGCGCGGCGUUGCGGGCCGGGACGCUGGGGACCAGCACAUCGUUGAUGUGGUGCUGAAGAUGCUGCAAGAGCAGCUGGCGGAGGUGGCCGUCAGCGCCAAGAGAGCCGCCCUGGGGGGAGUCGGUGCCAUGGGCCCCCCCGGACCCCCGGGGCCUCCGGGGCCACCUGGGGAGCAAGGCCCCCACGGACCCAUGGGACCUCGAGGCGUCCCCGGCCUCCUGGGUGCCACCGGGCAGAUCGGCAACAUCGGACCCAAAGGGAAGCGCGGGGAGAAGGGUGAGCGGGGAGACACCGGCCGUGGGCACCCGGGGAUGCCGGGUCCGCCAGGGAUCCCAGGUCUCCCCGGCAUCCCCGGCCACGCGCUGGAUGGCAAGGACGGGGAGCGGGGCCCUCCAGGUGUCCCAGGGGAUGCUGGGCGCCCGGGAUCCCCCGGCCCCGUGGGGUUGCCGGGUUUCUGCGAGCCGGCCGCCUGCCUGGGGGCUUCUGCCUACGCCUCGGCGCGGCUGACGGAGCCGGGCGCUGUCAAGGGACCUCUGUACUGAGCACACCGCCAGCAAACACUGCAAACCCACGGGAAGGCACCUCCACGAGCCGCGGGACGGACCCACGGCACAGCGGCGUGGGAAGGGACAGAGGGAGCUCCGCCUCCACCCCCUCCCUGUGCCCGUCCCACAGAAAUAAAGCGGCUCUGAUCCAAUCCCUCUGGCGCUGGUCCGUCCUUUUGGGGCCGGAGGGCUUGUCGCCGAUUUCCUCCCUCCUUUUUUUUAUUUUAUUUUUUAACGACAGCGAAGCGGUGGUUGGACUAUUGAGGAAGCGCCGGUGCCUUGUUGGCUGCUGGCUGCUCGCGCAGCUGUAAAUCUUUGUAAAAUAGGAUUUGUUUCAUGAACCACACCUCGGAAAUCGCCAACUCUUCAAAAAAAAAAAAAAAAACAAACCCAAAACCACAGACAAUAAAACCGAGAUGGAUCGUUACCGAACGGAGCCCGCGUGUCCGCUUCUUUGAGGUCCCUCCUCUCUCCCACCACUCCCAGCAGCGGGUCGGGCACCCCAGGCCCAGAUGCAGGACAGAGCCACGAGUGCAUUGAGCAGGGGUCAGCUCCCUGCUGCUGCCGAGCACCUCA